AUGCGAGAGUUGGCGCAAGGCGUGAGUGCCUGGAAGGAGAAAGUGUUGGAUUCGAUCAACGCUGGUCUUUCUGAUAUCGAUCCUCAUACAUCUUGGCAAGCGUUUGUGUCGAAUGGGAACAGACUCAAUAGCUUGCAACCUCAAACCGUCAAAGAACUACCAGAAGGGAUCAUGGACGCUGAGACUGGUCUGCCGGUGGGCCCCAAGGCUUCCUGGGCAGUCGAGAUGUUUUCCAUAGCCGACGCUUCGGGAGAAGAAGGAACACGACAUAUCGAACCUCACGUCACAUUCACCACCCACCCCAACUCAUUUGCUCUUCCCGAGUACCCCACCUUCUCCCACGCCAAGUGGUUCAACAGCAGCCCAAUACCGAACGGCGCUACAUCCUGCAAAGAGGACACCGGUAACCCUGGCUCCCUGUAUAUUUAUACGGUAGGGCAGGAUAUAUCGCUUGCGAUGCAGUAUUCUGGUGUCUUGGCUGAUCUGGCCGGGGAUUGGGGUGAGUCGUUGCUGAAGACCAGAGCGGAGUUGGACACUGGUUUGGGCAAACUUGCGAAAGAUGGUCGAGCGUUUGAGCCUGCUCAACUCGAUGUUUUGCGAGAUCUCGCUGAUGAAGAAGGCAUACUGGAAGAAGCGAAAGGGCCGAUCUAUAAUGCCAUCAAAGAUAUAUGGCUUAGCGUCGAGGACACCCAUCGGGAGGAUCGACACGAGGGAACAGAACGCAUCAGAUCGUCUCUCCAAGACAUGAGCGAGACAUCUCAAGACCUCGCUCAAAGAUGGCUCCACACUGCUCAGUUGGUGAAUACUUUGGACAUUACGCAGUCUCGCAGGGCCAUACUUAACAGGCAAAUGUUUAUGGCUGAAUCUGAAGGUGCUUCUUUGGAGAUCAGCUCUCAGCUUGACAAUGUCGACGAAGAGAUCACAAAACGAAGACCCGCUGUAAAGGAGUCCAAAAAGAGUCUGAGGCAGGCGUUUGCCGAAUACGGGUCGUUACCCAUACCGAACGAUGUGGAAAGUCUUAUAAGUGCUCUGAGAUCUCAAGACGGGAAGGAUAGUAUCGAGGUAGUAGAUCAGAUGGGAGAGGAGCAAGACGACCAGCCGCCCAUGGAAGAAGACGAUAUACACGCCAUUCUAGAAGCUAGUCGCCUCUAUAGGCCUAGAAGUCAGUACAUGGGUCGAAGCGUCUUUGAUAAUCCCACAUGGAGUGAUUUUAGGAUCAUAGAUGAGAACACUUUUCAGUCUACCGUGAGUCCUGUUCUUAUGUCACCCAGAAAUCAACUGAGGCUUCAUCGCCAGCGCGCCGACGGGUAUAUUGAUCAAACGACCUUUGUCAUCGCUCCUCCUGCCGAGCUUGAGCUUGGACGACAGAUUGAGAUCGAUGAAGAAUGCCUAUCUGAUGACUCUUCAGCGGAUACAUGA